AUGACGGAUUCUCUUAUAGCUGGUGAAAAUGAUCAUUUAAUUACUUCUGGGAAUUUUCCAAACAUUAAUAUUCCCCGACUUUUUCGCCUAUUGACAAAGACACUGGAAAUUAUGAUUCUUGAUAUAUUCUACGCUGUGAAGACUUUUGUUGCACCUGAAAGUUCGAGGAAUGCAACGCAACGGAUAUUGAGGUUUAGAGGGUCUGAAAUAGAGAUGGGCAGAGGGAAAUUUCUCUUCUUGCUGGUGUUGUUGUUGGGCAUGGUGGGCACCUGCUGCUGCUCCUCCUCCUCCUCCUUGUGGGGAGGAUGCCCUCCUCACGAAAGAAGUGCCCUCAUCCUCUUCAAACAAGAGCUGGAUGAUCCAUAUGACCAGAUGAGCUCAUGGAGGGGCUUAUACUGCUGCUCCUGGAAGGGAAUCGCCUGCCACAGGGGCACUGGCCACGUGGUUCGCCUGGAUCUUAGCACCUUUGGUUAUUACUUAUCAGCAGUAGUGAGGAAUUCAAGCAGUCAAAUAUUCCCUGCUUUAUUCCACCUGCACCAUUUGGAGUACCUCGACCUCAGCCAGGUUGACUUGUCCUCUCUUCCUUUCCCUUCACAUCUUCCGAGCCUCAGCAAAUUGACACACUUGAGCUUGUGUUAUUGUAGGCUUACUGGCCAAAUCCCAAGUGAGCUUGGCAAUAUGUCCAGCUUGAAAUAUCUGGACAUCUCCUCCAAUCCUGAUCUUACCGGCGAAAUUCCAAGUGAGCUUGGCUAUAUGUCUAGCUUGAAAUAUCUGGACAUCUCCUACAAUCCUGGUCUUACCGGCGAAAUUCCAAGUGAGCUUGGCAACAUGUCUAGCUUGAAAAAUCUGCGCAUCUCGGGCAAUUCUCAUCUGGAGUUGAGGCAAUCGGGCUCAUGGAUUCGAAAUUUGCGACGCUUGGAGGAGCUCUAUAUGUACCAUGUGAAUCUAGCAACGGGAGGUGAUGGUGUGGUAGAGAAUGUUGCGUCCCUCACCAACCUUACAACACUUGCCAUGUCUGGGGUGUCAGGUACAAUUCUCUCUUCUCUUGUAAACCUCACCUCCAUCUCCCAUCUUUACCUUGAAGAUAGUGACGUCGCUCACCAACCCUUUCCCAUCUGGAUUUCAAACCUUACAUCUUUGGUUUCCCUCGAGCUCAACAACUACAGUCUCCAUGAUUCCAUCCCUUCUGCUGUGUUAAGUCUUCCCCACUUGAGAACCCUUGAAUUGUCCUACAACCCUGAUCUCAAUGUAGACCUCUCCUUCAUUGUGCAGCAUGCUUCCCAGCUCAGUACCCUUUCUAUUACACAUUCAAAUGUGGGAGGAGUGGUUCCAAAUUCUAUUGCAAAUAUGACCUCCUUGACCAGAUUUGAUCUAUGGGAUAACCAAAUUCAAGGUGUUCUUCCUCCCGCUAUUGGGAAUAUGUCCUCAUUGACCUACAUGGAUCUUUCUUAUAACUCACUAAGAGGCAACAUUUCAUGGAGCUCUUUAGGUGGACUAUCAAAGUUGUCAGUUCUUUAUCUUGACUCGAAUCAAUUAAAUGGGAGCUUCCCAUCUACUUUUGGUAAUCUUUCCUCCUUGAGUGUCCUUUCUCUUAGCAAUAACUAUUUGAGUGACACUUUGUUACUUUCUCAACUAGAAAGUUUUAGAAAGAUAAUUUAUUUGGCCCUCUCUAAUAAUUUGUUGACAAUAGAAAUUAAUCCCAUCUGGAUUCCUAAAUUUCAGAUCCAAUAUUUGUAUUUGAGUUCUUGUAAUAUUCGUGGUGAUUUCCCAACUUUCAUAUCCACUCAAUACUCCAUAAGUGAUAUAGACCUGUCCAACAAUUCUUUGAGUGGAAAUAUUCCAGAAUGGUUGUGGGACCUUACAUUCUUGGGGAGACUCAAUCUCUCAUAUAAUCAAUUUGGAGGACCAUUAUCCUCUAAGUUCAGUGCAUUUGAUGCUCAAUAUGUGGACCUACAUAGAAAUAAGUUACAAGGGAGUAUUUUUGUGCCUCAUCCAAAUGUACAGUUUCUUGACAUGUCAGAGAAUCAAUUUGAGAGCAUAUGUAAAACGAGUAACAAAUAUGGCCCCAGUCAACUAAUUUAUUUGUCACUUGCAAAUAAUAGUAUCAGUGGUGUUUUUCCACAUUCUAUUUGUGAAGGUCCUCAUUUGGAGGUUCUGGAUGUGUCAAAGAACAAGUUUACAGGCGAUUUGUUUGCAAGUUUUGGAAAUUGCUCAUCAACAUUAAAGGUGUUGAAUCUAGAAAAAAAUCAUUUGGAAGGUGAGAUCAAGAGCAUGGUUUGUCUUCAAACAUUAAAAUUAGGAGGUAAUAAACUGCAAGGGCCAAUACCAUCAUCACUUCAAAAGUGUACCUCUUUGGAGAUUCUAGAUUUGGGAUAUAAUAACAUGCAAGGAAAAAUCCCAAAUUGGAUAGAUGAGUUGAUUGAUCUUCGAAUUUUAGUACUCAGAUCUAAUAAAUUCAAUGGUGAAAUACCAUUACAAUUGGCAAAGCUACAACAUCUUCAAGUCUUGAUUUUGUCAAAUAACAAUUUUUCUGGAGUAAUUCCAAGUAGCUUGAGUAACUUGGAAGCAAUGAAAAAUCAAACAGAAAGCACAGAUGUCCUUCAAUACUCAAAUCAUUCCAGCUCAAUGUCUUAUGUAGAUAAAAUGGAAAUAGUCAACAAAGGCCAAUUUUUGGAGUACGAAAAAUCUCUAGCAAUGGUUCGAUGCCUUGAUCUCUCUAAUAACAACUUUUCUGGUAAUAUUCCUCAAGGUAUUGGAUCCCUCAUUGGACUAAAAUUUCUCAAUUUGUCCAAAAAUGAUCUCAAUGGAAAAAUUCCUACUUCUUUUGGAAAGCUCGUGAAAUUGGAGUCACUUGAUAUUUCAAGGAACAACCUUAAUGGUGACAUUCCUGCAGAACUACAACUUCUCACAUUUUUGAGUUAUUUCAACAUAUCUCAUAAUAAUUUAUCUGGUAAAAUACCAACUGCAGGCCAAUUUUUUACAUUCAAUGAUGAUUCAUUUUUAUACAAUGCACAUCUUUGUGGACUUCAAAUCAACAAAAAAUGUUCCUCUUCUCUUCCUCCAAACUACACUCAAGCUGAAGAUGUAAGUGACAAGGAGUGCAACACAGAUGUGUGGUGGGAAGUGGGAGUUGGAUUGAGCUUUGGAUUGGGGUUUUCAGUUGUUAUUGGAGUAUUAUGCUUCAACAAAAAAUAUCGUUGCAAAUGCUUCAAGAUCAUGGAUGAAGUUAUUGUAAUUCUCCAUCAAAAUGUUCGAGAAAAAAUAUAUUAA